UCCUCCUCCUCUCCUAUACCCCCUCCUCUACCCCCUCCUCUUCCUCCUCCUUACCCCCCUCCUCUUCCUCGUCCUCCUCCUCCUGAUGGAUGAGACUGUGAAGCCUCUCAGGAUUCCUCCUCAGAUGUCAGUUUAUGCCGACGGACAUGGUGUCUUCCACCUGGCGCAGAGCAUGGUGUCCAGCCUGGUGAUCGAUCAACCUGAUGAUGUCAUCUCCUACCUCAUCAGUCUGCUGCGGAGGAGCAGUGUGGACAUUCCCAGGAUCAUGCUGCUCGGUCCUCCAGCUGUUGGGAAACACACUGUGGCCAAGCAGCUGAGUGCUGAGCUGAGAGCUGUUCAUGUGACCAUGGAGAGUUUACUGCAGGACCAAUCAGAGGAGCUUCCUGUGGAGCUGCUGGUGCGACUGAUUCAGCAGAGACUGAAAGAUGUCGACUGCUUCAACAGGGGCUGGGUGUUGGAGGGAAUCCCUCAGACUCAUCUGCAGGCUCUGAGUCUUCAACAGGCCGGAGUCGUCCCCGAACAUGUUGUGAUGCUGGAGGCUCCUGAUGACGUGUUGCUGGAGAGGAGGGAGGGCAGACUGGUCGACCCACUGACAGGAGACGUGUACCAUCAGAUCUUCAUCCGGCAGGUCGAUGACGUCGUCGCUCGGCGUCUGGAGAAGGGGCGGGGCCUGUCUGAUAGGCAGCACCUGGCUGCGCUGCAGCGUUUCCGCUGUGAGGUCACGGGUCUGAGAUCAGCCUAUCAGCACGUCCUGAAGAUCGUCAACAGUGACCAGCCACACGUCGACGUCUACCAACAAGUGUUGGCGUUCGUCCGGACUCGCCAUCGCGCCAGAACUCCCAGAAUCCUCCUGUUGGGUCCGCCAGGGUCGGGGAAGAGUCUCCAAGCCAGGCUGCUGUCAGAGAAAUACAAGAUGGUGGACGUGAGUUGUGAUCAGCUGUUGUUGUCUGUAGUCGCUGAUGGUUCAAGUCUGGGAAAGAAGAUCCAACUGUACCUGGAUGAUGGACGACCAGGUCCAGACGACCUGGUCCUGCAGGUUCUGGAGCAGCGUCUGAGCCAAGUGGACUGUAGCUGCAGAGGCUGGAUCCUGCAUGGGUUCCCCCGAGACCUGCAGCAGGCCCGGAGCCUGCAGGAGUCCCAGCAUCAGCCCAACAGAGUUUACUUCCUGGAGCUGACGGACGAUGUCUGUGUGGAGAGACUCACUCUGAGAGCAACAGACCCACUGAGUGGAGAGAGGUUUCACACUGUGACUCGACCGGCUCCGAACUCUCAGGUCCAGAACAGACUGAAGACCAGACCAGAGGACAGUACACACUCUGUGACAUACACUCUGAGCCACUACAGGACACACACUGCUGUUCUGCAGUGUGUGUGUGCAGUCUGUGUAUACAGAUGCGGUUCAUAUCGAUGCUGAUCAGGAUCCCCACUCUGUGUUUGAGGCUUUGGAGAGCAGAUUAAAUACUGUCUGACAGGAGGACCCACCUGGACCCACCUGGACCCCUUGAACCCACCUGGACCUACCUAGACUCCUUGAACCCACCUGGACCCACCUGGACCCCUUGAACCCACCUGGACCUACCUGGACCUACCUGGACUCCUUGAACCCACCUGGACCCACCUGGAGCCACCUGGAGCCACCUGGACCCACCUGGACCCACCUGGACCCACCUGGACCCACCUGGACCCCUUGAACCCACCUGGACCCACCUGGACCCACCUGGACCCCUUGAACCCACCUGGACCCACCUGGACCCACCUGGACCCACCUGGACCCCUUGAACCCACCUGGACCCACCUGGACCCACCUGGACCCACCUGGACCCCUUGAACCCACCUGGACCCACCUGGACCCACCUGGACCCCUUGAACCCACCUGGACCCACCUGGACUCAUGUGGACUCAUGUGGACUCAUGUGGACUCACCCGUAUUUAAUGUAGUUGGUUUGGUCUAAAAUUAAAUAAACACUUUUCAGUU